AACCCGGAAGUGUUGUCUUUCAGUGAUUAACGUGUGAAAAGAGCAGAAUGAUCCAUUUCUCGUGUGAAGACUCGUUAAUGGAGAAUCUGCAGACACCGUCCCGCCGCUGCUAGUCCCCCCCGCGGCCGAAGCUCCGCAGCCAGAGGCGGUUCCGAGGAGCAGCGACGCCCCGAUGCCCGCGUCCCCGACGGAGACAAAUCAGCUCUCAGUGUUUACACCCCGCCGGAGAGCGGCCGUUUCCCCGCAGUGUGUCGUUAGCUAACCGAGCGGCCGCGACUCUUCUCCAGGCGACGACCAGAAACAACAUGGCUGAACUGCACGUCGUGGAACCGAGCGCCACGGGCACCAUCGGGCAGCCCGAGCACCGCGGCUCCGUGCGCCUGGCGUCGCCCACUCUCCUGGUUCCUCCGCGGGGCAGCCAGCUCAGCCCCGGCGCGGGGUCCGGCGGCAGCGGAGGAGGACGGUCGGUGUUCGGGUUCCCGGGGAAGGGCAGCCCCGUGUCCCCGUCCGAACCGGCGGACAAGCCGGGAUCCCGGUGGGUCCGGCUGAACGUCGGUGGGACCUACUUCAUCACGACCAAGCAGACGCUGUGCAGGGACCCGAAAUCCUUCCUGUUCCGCCUGUGUCAGGAAGACCCGGACCUGGACUCCGACAAAGACGGCACAGGAGCCUACCUGAUCGACAGGGACCCCACGUACUUCGGUCCCAUCCUGAAUUACCUGCGACACGGAAAACUCAUCAUGGACAAAAAUCUGGCUGAGGAAGGGGUUCUGGAGGAGGCGGAGUUCUACAACAUCGCGUCCCUGGUGAGGCUGGUGAAGGAGAGGAUACGGGACAACGAGAACCGGACGUCCCAGGGCCCCGUGAAGCACGUGUACCGAGUACUGCAGUGCCAAGAGGAGGAGCUCACACAGAUGGUCUCCACCAUGUCGGACGGGUGGAAGUUUGAGCAGCUCAUCAGCAUCGGCUCCUCAUAUAACUACGGCAACGAGGACCAAGCUGAGUUUCUAUGUGUCGUCUCCCGGGAACUCAACAACUCCUCCAACGGCAUCGUCAUCGAGCCCACCGAGAAGGCCAAGAUCCUGCAGGAGCGCGGCUCGCGGAUGUGAAGAGGCUCCUGAGAGAAAACAUCACUUUAUCAACAAAAUCAAAACAACAACAUACACCCCCCCCCCCCCCCCCCCUUCACCUUUCUGCCAUCACUAACACCUUCAUCAUCACCUCUCCUCUGGUGUGCCUUUCCACAGCGGGGGCCCCCUGACGCCUGCCCUCUCCUGCAGUGCCGCAGCUCGACCCUGACUUCUCGUUUGUCCCCCCCCCCGUUUGGAGGAGUUCUAACGAGAUCUCACGUGAGCACUUGUCCUCACAGCAGCUCCCUGAUGGUCGGUGUCACGGCGGCGCAGGCUACGGUGCUGAAUGUAGCCUCUGGUUGUUGUGAGUGGAUGGAGGCCCAGCACAGAGCUACUACUCAUCAUCAUCUUCAUCGAUACCUUCAUCAACAUCAGGAAGCUCGCUCGCUCUGAUACAUUCGGCUCCUCCUCAGGACUCUCACAGGACAUAAAGGAAUGAACACAACUCCACUGACUGAGCCUCCCGCUUCACCUGAAUCUGUCGAUGGAGCCGGAAUCGAACGCCUGCCGUCUCCCAGACUCCUCGGCUGACGCCUCAACAAACCACGCCGGGAGUUCCGGAGCUGGAGGAGCAGACGGAGCAGGAAGCCGAUCACUGCGUUUGCCUGGUGCCGCAUUUUCUCUAAAUUCUCUGGUCUUUGGAACCAGCUGAAACCAGUGACAGGUUCUCCUCCCUCAGACGCCCAGUCUGGAGUCACUGCCAGGAGGUCUCAGCUCUGUGCUCCUCCUGGUUCCCGUCUAUAGGCUCCAUCUCAUCUGUUCCCACGGGGAGAAAAUUUGGGGAAAUUGAACGCAAAAAACAAAAGACUCAAAAAGACUUCACCUGUGUAUGAUUUGUCAAGGCAUGUGAGGAAUCUAUAUGAAUCUAUAUAGGCUACAUGAUGAAACUAUAUGAAAAAUUUAAUGCAAAUGGUGUAAUUAUUGGUUUCUGUAUCAUAGUUGUUACAUAUUUACAUAUUCUGGUGGGUGGGUUUAUUUAAACGAUGGAGGUUUCCCAGCCGCUCACGUGUGUGUGUGUGUGUGUGUGUGUGGGUCCGUGUGUGUGGGUCCGUGUGUGUGUGUGUGGGUCUGUGUGCCGCUCUGCUUUCUGUCCACGACUGAAACAUCACACGUUUCUCAGCUGCACGUUUUCUGUUGUGUUCCUCAUAACAAAACAAAAACUGUCACCAAGUUUUCUCUUAAAUAUCCUAAGAUCCAUCUCUUGCAUAUCUUAAAAUUGUAAUUGGGGGGGACAAGGAGAACUACUUCCUGUCGCUGCCGUUUGUCCAGACGAGCGCGGCGUGGCCGGGGAUCGAACCGUGGCCGGUCGGUGUGCUGCCUCAAAACCCCCGAAUGUUAAAUUAAGAUUAAAUGUGAGUUGGCUGGUCUGAGCGCAGCCUCGUCACAUGAGCAACUUAAUGCAACGUUUGACUCAUAUUCACACGUAUCAGGCUGAACAUGGAAACAGCUGGUUGUGACCCGUCGUGCAGACCGGACGUUUGAUCCCCUUUCUGCCCGAGGGGCGUCCACUCGGCACGUGGCCGACACUGAUCCCUGGCAUCGAUCACUUUGAUACACCACCUUUUGUACAAAGAGCAUAUUUGAUGCAGUUAUGUUAUAUCAAGCAUGAACAAAAAGAAUGUGUUUAAUGGGAAAGAAAACGUACCGUUGCUGUUGUCCUGCUCAGUCCGGCCCCGGAGCUCCGACUUCGAUGUGUCUUCUUCUUCGUUGUUUCAUUUUUUGAUUUCCCCUCUCGAGUGUGUGUGUGUGUGUGUGUGUCUGUCGUGCAGUUUCCUUCUUCUUCUUCUCCGAGUCGUGUGCAGACCGACGUGUUCAUCGAGGAGCACUUUGUUCUUCUCCCUCGUGUGUUUCUCUCUGGGCCUUUUGCAAAGCAUCUUGGGUGUUGUUUCCCUGUGUGUGUGUGUCCAGUGUUGUGCCUUUGACCUGUGUUGUGCACAGUUGUUCUCCCCUCCUAUCAUAUGGUGCCUCGCAUACCUUAAAAAAGCCAGGAGGCGCCGACCCCAGGUGAAAUGUGUGACGCGGUUUCUGUCGUUGUUUCGAUGAGAGGACAAAGCCAAACAGUUCCAUUCUCCCCUGCAUCGUUUCAAGUUUGACUCUAUAACUAAGAAAUGAUAAAGGUGAUCAUCUGCUUUCUUUGUGACAUCGAGUUGAAUCCGCCCACGAUCCCGUGACCUCCCGGAGAUCCAGACCUGUGUGUCUCUGCUUGGUUUACACAACCUGUGAAUGGGAGGGAAGCUUUUAUCUUAGUAAACUCCAGCAGUGCACUUGUUAUCAGAAAUCCAUGGAACUAUAGACUCCACCUUACUUUGGCUUCCCUCUUUCCUCUGGUUGCAUGCUGAACCCACCUCCACCCUCCGAUCUUUAGAUGUGUGUAAUGGAACUUUAAAGCACUUCCUGUCCCUGUCACCUUUGUGAACCCAGUUGGAUCUUAGCGCUGGUUGCUUCGUUCAGUGGCUCCUGACCUUAUUGUUGAGAGACGGUUAACGAGAUGUGAAGUGAGAGGAAAAACAUAUUGUGUUUUACAGGAAUUCAUGCUCCCAUAGGUUGAACCUUACAGACUGAUCUGAUGACAUGAGUUUUGAUAUCACUUGUUAAUUCGCAGAUAACACAGCGACUCUCUCACUGGUAGCUUUGCUGAAAACUCUUUCCUUGUGAAUUAUCACAUGAUUUAAUGUCUUUUUUGGAUAAAGUGGAACAGUGGGAAGUAAAUCCCAGUCUCCCUGAACUGGUUACACCUGGUAAACAUAUGCAAGUUGUGAUGAAGCCGUUGAUUCAAAGCCUGAAAGGUCGGGUCCCACUGACGUAGCUGAACUUUUUAGUGCGGUUAUCGUAAUAGCAACCAUUUGUUUAAAAAGAAGAAAAGAACUUUCGAUUAUUAGUUUUUACUUUCACCUGCACUAGCUAGACGACAGAUAAUGUGCAAUGUUAACAAAUCUGCAAAAAAAAUUAUACAUAUAUAUAUAAAUAUAAAUAUAUCGGUUGUUUGGGCACGUGAAGACAUGAGAGCAUGUUGUUCUAGAGAUUACGUUGUUGUGUACUGGCAUUUGUCCGACCUCUGUGGUAGUGUGAAGUGUAUGUGAUGCAUGGUGGGUGGGGGUGGGGGGGGGGCAGAGGGUCGGCUCUGUGGGUCGUUGGUGUAGAUUUGUCGUUUGGAAAAGUUUGUCGACAACAUUUUCUCCUCUCACAUGUUCCGUUUUCUUUGUCGUCUUUUGUAUCUUUGACACGUCGGCGUAACCCAACGGUAGAUAAAGAAUAGCUAACUUCAAAGACAAGCUGACCAAUCGGAUCGCAUACCCGCCUUCCCCCCCCACCACCUGGGUUUAUAUAGCAUUGACGUGACCCCCCCCCCCCCCCUCCUCCCGCAGGUCAACACACAGAAAGAAAGGUUUCUUCACUUCAUGGGUCAUUUUGCCAGUUAAUCUGAAAACACCUGCAUGCGUUUGUGGGACAUGCACAUUGUACUCUCAUUUAGACGUUCUCUAAGAUGUCCCCUAUUUACACUCAUGUGUUUGUUUAUCAGCAGUAUUGAUGUCAAAUGUGAAUAUCGUCGGCGGAGACUGGAAAAAUGUUCGGAAGCUGACAAAAAAACAUUUUGUCUGAUUUUUUUUAUUUUUAUUUCACUUUUAUUUAUUUUGUAUUUUUUGAAUUUUGUCUACCAACGUUGUUUCUUUACAUGUAAAACGAUUUUGACAGAAGCCGGUCUGGUUUUUAAUCAUAAAAUGUGUCUGUGUUUUAAAA